CGUAAGAGUGGCUUGAAUAUGCAUUGGGAUUGGGACUGGCAUUAUGACCAUCAUUGGCAUAGACCCUGGGACUCGUAUCGUUAUCACUACAAAUGUCCAUGGCGCAAAAGAAUGUGGUCUUCGUUAAUAGAUUUUGACUGGGAUUUUCAUCAUUUUGAGUGCUGCCACCAAAUGCCGGACUGGUGUCAUAGAUCUUGUCUAACGGGCAGGGUUUAUGUGGAGACCGGAGCAGAGGAGGACAGCUGUGGCAAGGGUACUUACAAGAUUAUCAUAGAUGUGCAUCAUUUUAGAGCAGAGGAAUUGAAGCUGAAGGUAAAGAAUUUCGAUACUUUGAUAUUGGAGGGCCAGCAUAAGGAUGAUAGGGCCAAUAAGUCACCAGCUUUGUGUAUAACAAAAUCAUUUGUGCGUAAAUAUAAACUGCCGCGUAACUAUGAUGCCACCUUGGCCAAGGCUACGCUUUCGAAAGAUGGUAUUAUAAGCAUCAUAGUGCCAGCACCACCUACUUUGGAUGAUGUGGAAAGAGAAAUUGAAAUACAAACCACAGAAAGCUAUUUUGGUGCUGUGGAAGACAAGGAUAAAACCAAAGCCCUGGAGGAUAAAAAAGAAGCAAAGGAACAGGAGGAGCAAACAGCUAAAGAAUCAAAAGAAGAAACUUAA